AUGGCUAAAACCAUUAUCCGUGUUCCAGCGUCGUCGGCAAAUAUAGGUCCUGGGUUUGAUGUCCUGGGAAUAGGGCUCAACCUGUUCCUCAUACUGGAGCUAGAGGUCGAUCCGCUCUUGGCGAGCACCGAUAAAUUUAAUUGUUCAAUCUCGUACGAGGGAGAAGGUAGUGAGAACGUUCCUUUGACUUCCGAUCGCAACCUCAUCACCAAAACCGCGCUUUUUGUGCUCCGUUGCAAUGGCAUUAACCAGUUCCCAAAAACCACGAAAAUACACGUCAAAAACCCCAUUCCCUUGGGCAGAGGCCUGGGAUCGUCCGGCGCGGCUGUUGUGGCUGGUGUGAUGCUGGCCAACCAGGUCGGAAAGCUGGGAUUCUCAAAACAGAGAUGUCUCGACUACUGUUUGAUGAUUGAGCGCCAUCCAGACAACAUCACUGCCGCGAUGAUUGGUGGUUUCACCGGCUCCUAUCUCAGAAAACUUACCGACUGUGAGGUCGCUCUUGUGCACCAGCCACUAGACGAGAUGCUCGCGCCACAUGCACCGGCCAUCCAGGCUCCUCUCGAUAUUGGAACCCACGUCAAGUACAACUGGAACCCAGCCAUCAAAUGUAUCGCCAUCAUCCCGCAAUUUGAAGUGCCUACCUCUGAAAGCCGCCAGGUGCUUCCCACGGAGUACUCGAGACCUGACGUGAUUUUCAAUCUGCAACGUCUGGCUGUGCUCACCACCGCAGUUGGAGCAGAAAAACCUGAUCCACAAGUGAUCUAUAACUCGAUGCAGGACAAGUUGCACCAGCCAUACCGCAAGGUGUUGAUCCCAGGACUCACGGAGAUAUUGUCUGGUUUCACGCCGCAAAGCCACGCCGGUCUUUUGGGUAUCUGUCUGAGUGGUGCGGGACCUACCAUUUUAUGCCUUGCUACCAACAACUUCGAGCGGAUCGCUGACGACAUUAUUGUUAGAUUCAAGAAAGAGGGUGUCACCUGUGUGUGGAAACUCCUCGAACCUGCUGUCGAGGGUGCUACCGUGGAAAACUUAUAG